UUCGAUCAAAACGAAACAGAAUAAACUUCAAAGAUGUCUGGACGCGCUGGGGGAAAAGGUGCCGGAAAAGCCCGAUCUAAGGCCAGGACUCGCUCCUCCCGGGCCGGGCUGCAGUUCCCGGUGGGCCGUGUUCACAGGCUGCUGAGGAAGGGCAACUACGGGGAGAGAGUGGGCGCCGGGGCUCCGGUGUACCUGGCGGCCGUGCUGGAGUACCUGACGGCGGAGGUCCUGGAGCUGGCCGGUAACGCCGCCCGGGACAACAAGAAGACCCGCAUCAUCCCCAGACAUCUGCAGCUGGCGGUCCGCAACGACGAGGAGCUCAACAAGCUGCUGGGGGGAGUCACCAUCGCUCAGGGCGGAGUGCUGCCCAACAUCCAGUCCGUGCUGCUGCCCAAGAAGAACGAGAAGAAGUAAAGGCUGCCCGGACCGUCUGCUCACACAACGGCUCUUUUAAGAGCCACACACUCCCACAUGGAGGGCAACCAUCCUGCUGACAGCCAUCAGUGUUAUUACUGACACUGUCUGUCUCUGUAAGGAGGCGACUCACACUCCCAGUGAAAAUUAACAGCCGUCGUUCAUUAAUCUCGAAUCACUCAUUCAUUAUUACCUUUUACUAUUUUAACACAUUCUGUUUAUAACAAUGCCUUAUUACACUUUAUUAUGUGGCGCCAAACAACUUUGUUACUCUAACUGUGCAUCUAUGACGGUAAACUUAAAUCCUUUCAUUUCUCAAAUUCAUAAAUACCUUAAUUUGUU